AUGGGGAACAACAACGUGGGAUGCACCUUCUGCACUGGUGCGGAAGGCAAUGCUGUCGAGGUUCAGGGCAAGUUUCCCAGCGAUGGCAAGCUGGAGAAGCGUGGCCCACACCAGUUUGAGAAUGGAGCUACGUACACUGGUGAGUGGAUGGGCAAUGCCCGUCAUGGACAAGGAGAACAGGUGUGGCCCGAUGGAGCCAAGUACACCGGCAGCUGGGAGAAUGACAAAGCGCACGGCAAGGGACGAUUCGAGCACGUCGACGGAGAUGUCUAUGAAGGCGAGUGGAAGUCAGACAAAGCCCACGGCUACGGAGUGUACCAUCAUGCCGAUGGUUCCCGGUACGAGGGCAACUGGGCUGAUGACAAGCAGCACGGGAACGGCAAGGAGAUCUGGCCAGAUGGUGCCAAAUAUGAAGGUGAGUACGAGGCUGGUAGAAAGAGCGGCAAGGGGCACUUCUCCUGGUCAGAUGGCUCCAAGUACCAGGGAGAGUUUGUUGACAACGACAUCAACGGUGUCGGCGUGUACCAAUGGGGUGAUGGCAGAAAGUUCGAGGGACAGUGGAUGAAGAACAGAAUGCACGGUCAUGGAAACUUCACCUGGGUGGAUGGUCGAUCCUACGAAGGGGAGUACAAGAACGAUCAAAAGGAUGGUGAAGGAACGUUCAACUGGCCAGAUGGACGGAAGUACAGGGGGCAGUGGAAAGAGGGCAAGCAGCACGGUGUUGGAGUCUAUGUCACCGCGCAAGGCGAGGAGCGCAAAGGUGAAUGGCAAGAUGGCCGGCGUGUUCGAUGGUUGGACAGCGAGACCAACGCCUGA